CUACCAUUUAUUUCUCAUCAAAUCAAAGAUUAAGAAUAAUAACACCACAUAUGCCUUUUCCUAAUCAAUCUGUUUAUUAACUUCAUUCUCACUCUCUCUCCCAAGCUGUUGCUGUUGUUGCUGGUGCAAAUACCCGAGCUUAUUCUUAUUCAUCAAAUCAAAUCAAAUCUUGUAGUUCUAUCUAUAAGAUUAAUAAUUUAAGUUGCGGAGGUGAGUCUUAUAUACUAGUAUAUUAUUAUAUAUUAUAUUAGGUUCUUCUCAGCUAGCUAGGGACCCUGCUUAUGCCAUUUAGUCUAUGUAUAAUGUAUGCUUCUUUUGUCCUUUUCCUAUGCUAGUUAUUUUUUUGUUCUCUAAAUAAAUAUUAUUAGGCAAUUGUGUGCGGCUGCUAUAUAAACAGUUAAAUCACUUGCUUAGAAGAUUAGGAUUGUGAUUAGUGAGAAUUGGUUGGUGGGAUUAAUAUUAGCUCCCAGAACGUCAAUAUCAGAACAAUAAGCUAAGAAAAAAAGAAUAGUUGUAAGUAAUUAUAUCAUCCUUGAUUGAGAUUUGAGCUUCCUCCCUCUUGGAGUAGAUUAGAUGGGAUGAAUUAGGGUACAACAACAAACAGCAAGAUCCAUCCACAACCAUAGUUAAAUUUGAAAAAAGAAAAGGUCAUGAAGAGAUGAUGAUGGUUUAAGUGUGCGGAUCAAGGGUGGCUAAAUUAGAUCCAUGCCAUCAGCUGCAAAUUAAGGAAAAGGAAGCAAUAAUAUUUGAUGGAAAGAAGAGAGGAAGAGGAUAAGGAAUUAGAGAUGGCAACAAUAACAGCAACAGCAACAACAACAACAACCACUUUGGGUAGUUAUAGUGUUGUUGUUCCAAACAACAACAAUAACAGGGAUUCUUCUUCUUCAACUUCUUCAAAGUUGUCUUCUCCAACUGUGGUUGGAGCUUCUGAAACAACUCACCAACCAUCUCAAACUCGCUCAUUAGUCUUCCACCACCAUGAUCCUCCAAACCACAACCACCACCAUCAACAUCAUCUUUAUCCUCAUCUUCAGCCACCCAACCAACAAUCUCUAAGACCAACCUCAGAUCCAGAUCUAACCUCGUCUCCUGUUGCCACAACAGCACCGCAGCCGCCGCCGCCACCACCACAAGCAGCUGCAACAACCGCCACAGCAUUAGCAAGGUACAGAGAAUGUCUGAGAAACCACGCAGCCAGCAUGGGGAGCCAUGUGGUUGAUGGUUGUGGAGAGUUCAUGCCAAGCGGAGAAGAAGGCACCCCGGAAUCACUCCGGUGCGCCGCUUGUGAGUGCCACCGUAACUUCCACCGUAGAGAGGUUGAAGGCUCCGCUCCUCAACAGCAUCACAACUAUUACCCCAACAACAACAAGCACAACGGUCACAGCACUCAUCAUCUUCUUCAGUUCCACACACCACCACCAUCUUCAUCCCUUCAUCAUCAAAGAUUCUCUCAUGCUAUUGCCGCUGCUGCUCCACCAUCGGUUCAGCCGGUGAUGAUGGCGUUCGGAGGAGGAGGAGGAGGAGGAGCGGCGGAAUCCUCUAGCGAAGAUCUGAACAUGUUCCAUCAUCAGUCAAACGCAUUAGGAGGACAAUUCUCAGUGCAGCAAGCAUCAGCGUCAAAGAAGAGGUUCAGGACAAAGUUCACACAGCAGCAGAAAGAUAGAAUGAUGGAGUUCGCUGAGAAGCUCGGGUGGAAGAUUCAGAAACACGAUGAGCAAGAAGUGCAGCAGUUUUGUUCUCAAGUUGGUGUGAAGAGGCAAGUUUUCAAGGUUUGGAUGCACAACAACAAGCAAGCUAUCAAGAAACAACAGCAGCAGCACACGUAAGCAAAACAAUCAUUGUUUAUUAGAGGAAUUACUUGUUUUGUUUUCUUGUCCUCUCUUCAUCUUUUCUUGUUCUUUGCAUAACAAAUAAGAACCAAAGAAAGAAUUAGAAUUGAAAAAUGAUUUUCAUUUUUAUUAGUGAAUAACUAUAUAGAUCAUUUAGAAGAUGUGCAUAUUCAAAUUAAACAGAGCAAGUUAGCUUAGCUAGCUACCCACCCUAGAUACAUGGAAUUCAAACUUUCAAAGCAGCCACAUAUGACUUUCCAUUUUUAUAUAUCAAUUCUGUAUGCUCCUAUUCAAUCAAUUACUUCCAUCAUCAUCAUCAUUCAUAUGCAGCCAACAAAAUAUGCAUGGAUCAUGGAUGCAAUAAUAAUUAGUUAAAUUAAAUUCUCAGUUUCUCACUCACCUCUUCCCUUUUGGAAGGUCACUUUUUUCCUCCGGCAAAGCGAGGGAGAAAUAAAAAGAAAAAAGAAAAAAAAAAAGAGAGAGAUGGUGAACUAAAACAAAGCGUAUAUAUCAUUACGUUGUUUGUUAUAAGCUGCUUAGGCUAGGCGUAACGAUAUUUCAUGCAUAAUAAUCCUAGCUUUUUGAAUUUCAAUCAUGUAACCGUGGGUUUCGCGAUAAAUGAAAAAUUGAUGAGAGAAAGAUAGGAUCCCCACAGUGAUACCGCAAAUUUGUCGUUUCAUAUGGGGGACACCGACUCAUACACAUGAUGAGGAAUGAAUGAAUUAGGAGACAGUACCCGCUAUUUUCUCAAAUUCACUUUUCCAUCACUAAAUAGAUAUCAAUAUGUAGUAGUGUUGCAUUCACUAUUGUCUCUAUCCGAAUAAGCUAGGACCCUAUGCCAGGUGCAUAUAAUUAAAUCAUCACAAAGGAACAUCAAGGAUGUCCAAUAAUGUUCACCCUUUAAUUUGAGAAUAGCUGAAUCUGUACUACGCUGUAUAUAUCUGCAUAUGUAAAUUAAAGUAGCUUAUGGUUUUGUAACCACUAACCACCACAAAAAAGAAAAGAAGUUUCUUUGGAAUUUUGUUUAAAACAGAAAUAUGAAGGAUCAAAAAGAGGUAAUUGUCUUAGCUUUCAUGUAGAUUUGAGGAAAAUCUGCAUCGUACGUAGAUCGGAGUCACAAUAAUGUAUAUGGACCACGGUUCGUCUCUAAUGGAUGCCCUAGUUCCAGUCAACUGAAUCCUUUGAAUUUGUCGGAAGCAUUCUUGCUCCUAAUC